UGAAACGUCAAAAUAGCGUAGCGGCCAGAGCGGGUGUGGCAACAAAUGAACAAACGCUCUCUGUUGUUGAUGUUUGAAAUUCAAAGAAACGAUAAUUUUAUUGCAUUAUUAAGAAUUUUAAAAGUAAACAAAUAGCAAUAUGUAUAAACACUAUUUGCUUAGUUGUGUUGUUAUCCUCGCUUCAGUCAUAAAUGUUUUAGGUCUGGAAUGCUACGUUUGUGAGAACCAAGAGGACAACAAUGAGAAAUGUGUGAAAACGAUAAAAAAUUGUGAAUAUAAUCAAGAUGUUUGUUUAACUGAAAUCAAGUGGGGUAGCACUCCGUACUGGUCACAGGGAGCUAAGAAGCAAUAUUAUGUAUCGAAGAGGUGUUCAAACAAGACGGAAUGUGCGACCACUAGGCAGAGAUACAUGUCACUGUGCACUCACAUUUGGUACCAAGAUUGGGUGUGCUCCGAUUGUUGCCUUGGAGAUAGGUGCAAUUACUAUAUCAUUAGUGGAAGUGAUGCUGUGAAACCAGCUUUCAUCUUAUUAUCAGGAUUUUUCUUACUGAAGAAUUUAAUUUUAUAGAGUAACUAACGGUCAAAACUAAUUAUAAUAAGAACUAAGACCUUUUUAACCUUUAACUGAUAAGAAUAUGAUGACAAUAGGUUUUGUGUCUUGUGUAGAUAAGCAGUUCUGGCUGAUAAAUAAAUACCAGGCAGCUAAUGAAUAAAUAAAAUUGUAUCACAUAUUGAACCUCAACUGAUGAAAAUUAUGUUAAUUUUGUACAAUUUAUGUGGAAUGCAAGAAGCAUAGGCUAAUUGUUAACUUAACAUACAGUUAUUGUUUUAGAUUGUGUAAGGGGAGCAGUUGUUUGACUUCUUCAUGAAAUCAGUUUAUUUUUUGUUCUUAUUUUCUUUAAGACUAAUUAUAACAUUUAAUGAUAUUGUAUGUUAUAAGUAUUGCCUUCUGAUUGUUCAGAUCACGUAGCUAGAUAGAACACUUGUAAAUUCAAAAGCAUUUAUCUAAGGACUCAGUAUGAUUCUCGCCAAUUUUUGUGUCUUCAUAGAACAACAAGUGAGAAACAAUUCUUAUACCAAGCCAGCAUUGGUGCAGAAUGGGAGACAUGCAGGAGUUUACUUGUGCUCAGAAUUUGGUUCCAUCUGCCAUUGAGUUAGGCAUGAACUCGACAUAUAUCAUAUUUAUGAAUCUCAUAAUUUAGUUUCCAUGUUAACAUAGUCCGUCCACUUAGGUUUAUUAUUAUUUACUAUAAGUAAUUGAUGUUUUAUAUAAUACUUAUUCCAUUUUUGGGAUGAUUCCAAAAUAAAUCCAAAAUUUUAA